UGGGUAAACAAGCCACUUCUGUUAAAGGUCAAAUUCAACAACGUGUAGAUAGAAGAAGGCUCUAUGUCUUUUGGUUCAAGAUUGGGAGGAUUCGGAGCCAAUGUCUCAACUCUUGGAAAUACAACAACUAGCGCAUCAGGAACAUUACAAGAUUUGCAAAAUGAUAUAGUGGUGAACAACAUUGGUGAUGAUAGUGUCAGUGAUAUAGCUUUUUCUCCACAGGCAGAAUUCAUGGCCAUUUCUAACUGGGAUAAAAAAAAUCGUAUUUUUGAGAUCACAAACAAUGGUCAGGUUGAAGGAAGAGCACUUUAUGAACAUGAAGGACCAAUAAUGUCAACAAGAUUCACGUUGGAUGGUACCAAAGUGAUCAGUGGUGGUGCUGACAAGCAGGUAAAAUUGUUUGAUCUAGCUUCACAACAGGCACAAACCAUCGGUGUACACAAUGAUACAAUUCGUGUUGUUAGGCAUGUCACUUGUGGUCCUCAGAACACCCCUUGUGUUGUAAGUGGAUCGUGGGACAAAACGCUUAGGUAUUGGGAUACAAGACAACAGACUCCCAUAUGCACGCUUGAAAUGCCUGAAAGAGUUUAUACAAUGGAUGCUUCACAGAAAUUACUGGUUGUAGGUACAGCCGAGAGACACGUUGUUAUCAUAAACUUAGAUAAUCCUGAUAAGAUUUUCAAGUCCUCAAUAUCACCGUUAAAGUAUCAGACAAGGUGUAUUGGAUGCUACCCCAAGGGUGAUGGUUUUGCUAUUGGGUCUAUAGAAGGUAGAUGUGGUAUUCAAUACAUUGACGAUAUGCAACAAAAACAAUCUGGAUUUUCUUUCAAAUGCCAAAGAGUAAAUAAGACAACAACCAAAGAAACCAACAUCUACUCUUUGAACUCUGUAGUGUUCAACCCACAAUUUGGUACGUUUGCAACUGCUGGAUCGGAUGGAUCCUUUUCUUUUUGGGAUAAAGAUUCUAGACAUCGUUUGAAGGGCUAUCCUCAAUUGGGAGCUACCAUACCCGUUGUCAAUUUCAAUCGGACGGGUAUGCUAUUUGCAUAUGCUUUAAGUUACGAUUGGAGUAAAGGCUAUGAAGGUAAUACCCCCAAUUACACCAAUACCGUAAGAAUUCACGUAUGUAAAGAAGAUGAGGUAAAGCCAAAGCCGAAACGGAAGUAGUAGGGCAGGGUAGGUUUUACAUGUAUAGAUAGAAAUUUUCCAAUAAGUGAAGAAUUUUUUGUUUAGCAGAUCUAUUCUUUUGUAUUCUAGAUUGUGCGUGUUCUUGAUUAGUAGAAUCCUGCAACACUAGCUUGAUGAAAUAGAGCACAAUGAAAGUUCUAUAAAUAUUAAGUGUACAAAAUUAAAUAAGAUAGAAAAGCACCAAGGUGAAAUCUUGUACGAAAUUGCGGCAAGAAAAGUUCUCUCAAUCAAAUAAGAGGAAUUGGUAGUAAUAAAGCAAUAAAAAGAAAUUUGACAAAAAAA